CACGGGAAUACGGGAUUACGGGAAGGGAAACCCCCACAUUCUCCGUCUCCGAUGAGCUAGGGUUUCUCCGCCCUGCUCGACGUUACGCCCCGCCGCUUCCGCUCUCGCUCCAGCUCCUACUCGCCGAGCCCUUCCUCUCCGGAUCUCCAGACAUGUACGGCGGCGACAAGGUCUCGGCGAUCGUCUACGCGGGCGAAGACGCCCCCAAAUCCGUCUUCCCCUCGUUAACACAGCAGGAUGCUUUGGAGCAGCUGGCAUCCAUUGAUCUCAUUGAGCUAAGCAAGGAGGCUAGAAUCGAGCACUGCCGUGCAACUAGAGACUUAAGUAGCUGCGGCCGCUACGUGCAGCAUGUGCUUAACUCAUGUGGGCAUGCCUCGUUAUGUGCUGAGUGUAGUCAGAGAUGUGAUGUCUGCCCAAUUUGCAGAAGCCCAAUACCUGAUAAUGGGAAUAGGGUGCGGCUCCGCCUUUACCACAAGUGCUUGGAAGCUGGCCUUAUCUCUAAGCACCAUGACGAGAGGUUUCAGGAUAAGGAAGGCCAUGGCGAUCCUGUUAACAUGGACGUCAAGCGGCUGCAUUCCUUAUUUGAUGUUGCACUUCAGAAUAAUCUGGUCUCCCUGAUUUGCCACUAUAUCACAGAUGUUUGUUUGGAUGAGAAUGCUGUGUCAAGUGAUCCACUUCUGGCCUUUCUUUUGGAUGAGGUGGUCAUCAAGGACUGGUGCAAGAGGGCUUUUAAUGCACUCAUAUCAGAGAUAGGCAUGAUUUAUAGAUCUGGAUUAGAAAUGAUGAAGUCCAAGUUACCCCGGCUGCAAAAGUUUGUAGUGCAGUUGGCAGGAAUUUCGAGUGUUGUUGAAGCUAUGAUUGCAUCUUUCAGAGAAGCAGCUCAUGUUGGUGACCUUCAUCAACUCAUUGAGAAGACAACAAAGGCAAAGCAGCAUUUGGAAGCCAUGAUUUGGUGCACCAGGCAUGAAUUUCUUGAGCAAAUUUGCUCACGCCAUGCUAAUUUUGCAACUUGGAGUUCUGACGUGAUCGUAAGAAAAACAUCUGCAGAAGAGCGACAAUGGCCUGAAUUUUCUGGUAAAAUGUCAGGGUACGAUAAAACAAAUCAGGGUAUUCUUUUUAUCGAGCAGGCACUACAAAAUCUUGGGGUUCAACAAUGUUAUAUUGAUAAUGAGGAAGAAGUGGAAAUGGCCUGUUUGCAGAACGAGCAAUCAUCAUCUAUGUUCUGUCCCACAAUUGAUCAAUUUGGUGUUAGCAGUUACCCAUUUAAAAAUUUGCGUGAGGCAGUUGACGUACUCUUCCUGCAUGGAGCAUCUGACAUGGUGAUUGCAAAGCAAGCAAUCUUCUUGUAUUAUAUAUUUGAUCGGCAUUGGACCAGACCAGAUUCAGAAUGGAGGUAUCUGGUGGAUGAUUUUGCUGCUACAUUUGGGAUCUCUAGUAGAACAUUGCUUGAAUGCCUCGUAUUUUGUCUUCUGGAUGAUCAUUCUUCACAGGCUUUGGAGGAGGCAUGCUCUCUUCUUCCUAAGAUUUCUAGCAAGGAAACACAUCCGAAGAUAGCGCAGGUUCUUCUGGAACGUCACAAACCUGACAUGGCACUAGUUAUAUUGAGGUGCACAGGAUGUGAUAGCUACUCCACUACUGCGACCGUUGAGAAAGAUGGAAUGUCAUUACUUAGUGAGGCAGUGACUGCAAUCCGUGUAAGAAUUGAAUAUGGUCAUGUAACAGAAGCAUUUAUGUUCCAUAGGAGCUACUGCUCUAGGCUAAAAGAGCAAAGACCGGCGGACAUGACACAUGUUGAAGAUGCUCUCAGAAGUUCUUGGGACUAUCAUGUUGAGGUGAUGAUGACUGAGUUUUGUAAUAUCUGCAUUGAGAGGAAAAUUGUUGAUAAAAUGAUUGAUCUGCCUUGGGAUUCUGAGGAAGAGAAAUAUCUUCACAAGUCCCUCUUUGAUACUGCGUGUGAUAUGCCUGCAGAGCCAUGUGGUAGUUUGCUUGUUGUUUUCUACCUCCAGCGUUUUCGGUACCUGGAAGCAUAUGACGUUCAUCGUAGUCUUCAGAGCUUUGAAGAGAACACGCUGGAAACUGCUAGUGAGGAGGUUGCAUCUAAAAUCAGUACAAUUGCUAAGUGGAGAGAAAGCUUGGUGGCUAAAUGCCUUGAGAUGCUUCCUGAGGUCCAGAGGGAGGAUGUGAGGAACAUCAGCAGUGGGGACCGUAGCCAAUUUGCCAUCCGAACCAUGCAAACGUCUUCUCCAGUCAAUCCUUUGGUCAAAUCACCCAAUCCUGCCAUUGGAUUGAGCUUGACCUUCGCCCCUGCUCUCCAGGAUAAGUCAAACCCUCUCCACUCCAGAAAUAUUUAUGCUUCGAAUUGUUCUGGUGCCUUUAUCAGUAGUGUACGUUCAGAGUUUGGUAAAAAGGUUCCAUCUAUUCUUGAAAGUAGGCCAGUUCCCCAAGGGACUCCUACAUCCAAUAUGAGGUCGACUGCAGGCGGUAUAUUCCCCUCUUUGGGGCAAAAUGGUGAGAGCCCAUAUUUGAAGGGGACAAAAGAAUUCAGCUUUAUGAAUGGAGAGUCAGGUUUUAAAAAAGGAACCAAACCUGCUGGUCAUGAUUCACUUCCCAUGUAUUUCAACUUGGGUUCUGGUGAUACACCUAUGAAAAAACACCAAACAAGUUUGCUGAAGACUGACGGUAACAAAACCACCUUCUUUCAAGGAAAAGAUUCUGUCAGAAAGGGAGAGUUUGGUUUUGGUUUACGUGCUGAGAAACCUUUCAUCUUAAGUGGCACCGGUAUUGGUCAAAACAGCCACUCAAAGGUAUCCGAGAGUGCUGGUUUUCGCGACAAUCAUCUCCAGAAAACAGAAGUUUCAAUGACACAGAACACUUUGAGCCUGGGCAAGAAACCUUCAGUUGGCGAAGGGGCAGCUGCGAAAGGGGGGUCUAGGUGGAGAUCUGACGAGUCAAGCGAAGAUGAAGACGAGAAAAGAACAGGUGGUUACAUGGAGAGUGGAGCUUCCCUUGUUACCCGAAGGCGACCAAGAUUAUCAAGAAGAUGAUGAUCCUUUUCGCUCACAGGGUACAUUUCUUUCUGUCUUUCGGGUCAGGUUAAUCCUCUUAAAGUAGCAGUAUUUUGUUUUGGCUGGCGUUGCAUGUUUGAGUGAAAAUCAAUCGAUACUGCAAAUUUUGCACUGCCAUGCUCGUGGUGAUGUAUUUAACUGAGGGUGCUACAAAUUAGAAGUGGAAAAGUACAUGCCUGUUGUAUUGAGAUAGUUGUCUCAGCGCUGCUUUGAACGAAUGAUACUCGAAUUUCUUUUUGUGGCAAACACUUCGUUUCUACUCA